AUGUCGCUAGCAGUUCGAAGUUUAUUGAGGAAUACACAUCAAUUAAAGGUAAUCAAUUGAUUUUUCAAAAUCUCAUAGCUUCUUCUUUUUUUCAGAUGUUCAGCGCGCCAUUUUCCCUCUCCACCGUCGCUCAAACCGAAAUUUUAGUAGAAAAGCAAGCUGAUAAACGUAUAGUUACUCUAAAUCGACCAAAAGCGCUGAACGCAUUGAAUUUGAAUAUGGUUCGUGAAUUUUAUCCAAUGAUGAAAGAAUGGCAAAAUUCGAAAGAUGUAAGCUUGGUUAUUCUAAAAGGAUCCGGCGAGAAGGCUUUCUGUGCGGGUGGAGAUGUGUUAGCCGUCAGCAAAUCAUACAAAGAAGCUGCUGCUGGUGGUGAAACCACUAUGCACAAAGAUUUCUUCCGCGAAGAAUAUAUUCUCAAUCAUCUCAUCGGAACCUUCUCCAAACAAUAUGUAUCGCUAAUUGAUGGAAUUGUGAUGGGUGGAGUAAGUUAUUUUUCAACUUAUUCCAAACAAAAAGUAAAUUCCAGGGCUGCGGACUAUCUGUAAAUGGUCGUUUCCGUGUGGCUACCGAGAAAACAAUGUUAGCAAUGCCUGAAACAGCAUUGGGACUUUUCCCAGAUGUUGGUGGAUCGUAUUUUCUUUCUAGAUUAAAGGAUAAUCUUGGAAUGUUUUUGGCAUUGACUGGAUAUCGAUUAUUAGGUGCUGAUACUUUUCACGCUGGAAUGGCUACGCAUUUUGUGAGUUGGAGGUUUGGGUGGAGGAUAUGAGUUAUGACGUGACAAAAUUAGGAAUUUCCUAAAAAUUUCACACCUUUGCCACGUCAUAUGUUACAGCUCUAUUUUCGUUUCAAAAAUUCAAUGAUCAUAUUUCUUCAGGUCGAGUCAUCAUCACUUGGAGAUCUUCAAAAUAACUUGACAAAUUUGAAAAAUGUCACUGAAUCUGCCGUCGACAAAGCCAUCAAAUCCCUCGAACCCUCAAAUAUCCCCGAAUUCUCCCUAUCAAAUCAUAUCACACAAAUCAAAAAUUGUUUUGGAGGAAGAUCAAUCGAAGAAAUCAUCCAAAAUCUCGAAAAAGAUGGAAGUGAUUGGGCGAAAAAACAAAUCCAAACUCUCAAUAAAAUGAGCCCAACUUCUCUCAAAAUAACACAUCGACAAAUCAGCGAAGGAGCAAGAUUGAGUUACUCGAAAAUCUUCACAAUGGAAUAUCGAUUGACUCAAAGAUUCCUCGAAGAUCCAGAUUUCCAUGAGGGAUGUCGAGCAAUUCUUAUUGAUAAGGAUAGAAAUCCAAAGUGGAAUCCAGCCAAGUUAGCUGAUGUUACUGAAGAAACUGUUGAGAGAUACUUUUCGCCAUUGCCAAAUAACGAGGAUUUAAAGCUCAAUGAAUAAAAAAGAACCUCGGGUUUCUUGUUAUAUGUAUAUUUAUUUUUAUUUGAAAUAGAGAAAUACAGAUUUUUAUAUUUUUUUUGGAAAGUUGCAAAAUGUGCGAUGAAAAGUUCCUCAGGGAUCUGUUAAAAUAUUUAUUUUCGUAUUAUUUUUUGUAAAGCAAGCCAAGCUAAAAGUAUUUUUCAGAUGACAGUGAACCAUCACAAGAAUGGUACACUGUCAGGUGAGCUCAAUGAGCAGAAAUGUUUACCUCUGAAGGAUAAAUGGCUGCUGGUGCCGGCUUUUUUGAAGGUUCGCGGAUUGGUUAAACAACAUUUGGUCAGUUUUGAUCAUUUUGUGAAUGAGGAAAUUCGCAAUAUUAUGUUGUCAAAUCAGAAGAUUACCAGUGAUGCAAAUUCGAAUUUUUAUUUGAAGUGAGUCAUACAUCGCAAUCUUCCCCUCUGAACCUCAAAGUGAUACACUCUAUUAAAAAAAAAUAAUCGCGAGUGAUACACCCUAAUUUUUGUAUGGAAGGCGCGAGCCUUCCAUCAAAAAAAAAAAUUUUUUUGUUCUCAAAAAAAAAAUUUAAAAAUUUUGCAACACCAUUGCUCUUGGCAGGAAUCGAUCCAGCGACUUUCAGCAUUAUAAGCUCGCGCCUUAACGACUGCGCCAAGCUUGCACUUUUCUUCCCAUUCUUCUUUUUUAAAGAUAUAAUUGGUGAGAUGAGAGAUAGAAAAGAGAAGAGAUCAUCAGCUUGAAGAAAAUUUGCAUAUUUUCUGUCUGACAAUUGUCAAAAUAAUACUUGAACGAGUAAAAGUUGAAACAUGAAACUUGGCACACAUAAAAUUAAGCGUAGUCUGAAGGGUAUUGAACAAUAAAAUCGGAGGGAGACCCUAGAACUCAAGGUGCACACCCGGUCCACUGAAGAGGCCUUUUUUGACUAGUUUAGGGGACCGGGUAUGCACCUCACUUCUGAGUCAUUAUUUCGGGUAGAACUGUUUAGAACUUUAUAUUAGAGGAAAUUUGCUAACUUUCUAUUCAAAAAUAUUUUAGAAAACCAUACUAAAAUGGUAUUUCCUUGAGGGGUGAAAAUGUGCAUUUUUUACAAAAAAAAAAUUUUUUUUGAAAUCGAGGGAAAUCCAAGAUUUGAUUUUCGUUUUUUCUUUAAAUCAAACUAAUGACUUAAUUUGAGUCACUGAACUACGUGGUGACCAUAAAUUUUUAAUUUCCUCGAUGAUCCCGACACGAAGAUCGAGAGAAACAUCCGAAUUCCAUCAAUGUCAAAAUCAUACAAAAUACAUUGCUUUUCGUUUCAAUAAUGAUGUUUAGGAUUUAGAAUGCUCAAAUGGAAGUGUUUUAUCGAAAAUGCAAUAAUAAUAUGCCAUGAAAAUCGAUUUAUUGGGUCAUAACAAUUUUUCUAGAUGGUCUCACUGAAACCAUCGGAAUAGAUCUCACAAUAAAUGAAAUUGUAGUAUCAGAGUUGGAAUUGAUAGGCUAUAUGCACUAGUGACCCAAAUAGCUCAGAAAAAAUUUGUGCCUGAUUUGAAAAAGAUAAAGUGAUUAAUAGCAAAAAUCAAAAGUUAGUAUCUUUUUGGCAAUUACUGUAACUCGUUUUGGAAAAGUUUCUGGUAGUAUUUGAGGUCACCACGUAGUUCAGUGACUCAAAUUACAGGGUGCGCCAUAAAUACCCGGACAGCUAUAAUUCAAUAUAUUUUUCCAAAAUAGAACAGUUUUUUUGUGUAUGGUUUUAAAAAUACUUAAUUAGGUCCCUAACGAGUAAAUUAAAAUCAAACUCUCUUAACUUGGUCAAUUCUACGAGUCGGGAGAACAUGUAGAACUUCAGGGAAAAUUUCAUCACGGCACGCAGAACAAUGAAAAAGUGGUCUCGCUAUUUUUGGAUGAAAUUAUUUUUAUUGCGAAGGCUUCAUUUGAGUUGUAAAAUGUUUGAGAGGUUGUCAGAGAGUCCCAAGAAGCCAAGAAAAAAUAUAACAUUGUCCACCAUGUCUCACACCAAGUUUGGGUGGAGAUUUUUGGAACAGUCUGCUUCAUUGGGAGAAAUCAUUGAUCUCCAUUGAUUUUGGGGUCAAAAUUGGGAGUAAAGUUGAAAUAAAUGUAUUUCUGGACUAACAUAUGUACCUAAGAAUGAAAAUCAGCCUCGAUAACAAACAUCAAGUGCUCCAGCCAAUCACAGUACACAAUAAAAGAUAAAAUCUCCCAAAAUCGCUGUUGAGAAACAAUUUUUUCGAUUUGAGCAACGUUUUUAAAUUGAUGUUACUUUUGUCAGAAACGAACCCAUUGCAUAAUUCCUUUCAAAUUAGUUAUCGGAAAGGUUCUAGGUAAACCUCCAAUCAUGUAUUUAGACUAUACUGAACCUAGUUUUCAAGUAUUGGGACAAUAUGUCCGACAAAUGGCAGCGUGCCAAGGUGAAAUUUUCCCCAAAGUUCUACAAGAUUUCCCAACUCGUAGAAUCGACCAAAUUAAGAGAGAAUGAUUUUAAUUUACUCGUUAGGGGCCUAAUUAAGUAUUUUUAAAACCAUACACAAAAAACUGUUCUAUUUUGAAAAAAUAUAUUGAAUAAAUAGCUGUCCGGGUAUUUAUGGCGCACCCUGUAAGUCAUUAGUUUGAUUUAAAGAAAAAACGAAAAUCAAAUCUUGGAUUUCCCUCGAUUUCAAAAAAAAUUUUUUUUUUGUAAAAAAUGCACAUUUUCACCCCUCAAGGAAAUACCAUUUUAGUAUGGUUUUCUAAAAUAUUUUUGAAUAGAAAGUUAGCAAAUUUCCUCUAAUAUAAAGUUCUAAACAGUUCUACCCGAAAUAAUGACUCAGAAGUGAGGUGCAUACCCGGUCCCCUAAACUAGUCAAAAAAGGCCUCUUCAGUGGACCGGGUGUGCACCUUGAGUUCUAGGGUCUCCCCCUCCGAUUUUAUUGUUCAAUACCCUUCAGACUACGCUUAAUUUUAUGUGUGCCAAGUUUCAUGUUUCAACUUUUACUCGUUCAAGUAUUAUUUUGACAAUUGUCAGACAGAAAAUAUGCAAAUUUUCUUCAAGCUGAUGAUCUCUUCUCUUUUCUAUCUCUCAUCUCACCAAUUAUAUCUUUAAAAAAGAAGAAUGGGAAGAAAAGUGCAAGCUUGGCGCAGUCGUUAAGGCGCGAGCUUAUAAUGCUGAAAGUCGCUGGAUCGAUUCCUGCCAAGAGCAAUGGUGUUGCAAAAUUUUUAAAUUUUUUUUUUGAGAACAAAAAAAAUUUUUUUUUUUGAUGGAAGGCUCGCGCCUUCCAUACAAAAAUUGAACCUCAGUGAUAGACCCCCUCAAUUAAAAAAAAUAGCAAAGUGAUAGACCCUAAUGGCCCCUGCAGGGGGAGCGAUGCGAUCUAUGAAGUGAGUUGGAUUUUGAGGGGAAAUUGAGUUGAAAAUCGAUAAAUUUGACACAGACAGAAAUAUCCUCCGCUUUGUAAUAUAUCAGGCUACAGUUCCCAACAUAUUCUGUCAUUUCGAAAAUAAUACAAAAUUUUUAGCUUCAAAAAAAGUCUUCACACAAAUACUUUCUCAAUUUAGUGGUAGAAGGCGUUUUUUAAGCCAAAAAUCAUGAAAAAUGGUAGAUUUCGAGCCUGAAAAAUUGAAAUUUCAGUAAUUUUAACCCAAAAAUCGAUGAAUUCUGAAUUAUUUAGGCCUACAAUUGAAUUAUGAUCGAUAAAUUAUGAGAAAUGCGAUUAGACUCGAAAACACUCACAAUCAGAUUCAUUUUCGAAUUUUUUGUAAGAUGAGCAAUGCUCCUUACUUUUGGACAGAAAUUUUCAGAUUUCCACGUUUCAACUUUUAAAAAAUCCCCUAAACAUAAUUAUUUUCCAGAUACAAUGAUAUUCGAAUCGGAAAACCAUCAAGUGAAGAAGGUCUCAAUCAAACCCACGACAGAAUAACUCCACAAGAAUGUCGAUUACGUGAUAUGACAUAUUCAGCACCAAUUUCAGUUGAUAUCGAAUAUACACGUGGAAAUCAACGAGUUUUCAAAAAAGAUUUGGUUAUUGGACGAAUGCCAAUUAUGUUGAGAUCGAGUAAAUGUAUUUUGAAAGAUUUGUCGGAAGAAGAAUUGGCACGAGUUCAAGAAUGCCCACAUGAUCCAGGAGGUUAUUUUGUUGUAAAGGUAAUAGUGGUUUGAUGAUUGAAUUAAUUGAUUAAUCAUUGAUUUUUUAGGGAAGUGAGAAGGUGAUUCUGAUUCAAGAACAAUUGUCGAAAAAUCGUAUUAUGGUUGGACGAAAUUCUUCGAAAGAAUUGCAAUGCGAAGUUUUGUCUUCAACUUCGGAAAGGAAGAGUAAAACUUAUGUUACGGUGAAAAAAGGAAAAUAUCUUCUUCGACACAAUCAAUUGACUGAUGAUGUUCCAGUUACUAUUAUUUUCAAAGCUAUGGGAAUCGAAUCAGAUUAUGAUAUUGUUAGUACGAUUGGACAUGAGGAAAAGUUGGUUUUUUUUCUGUUUGAAAUUUUUAAACUUGCAAUCAAGAUUUUACGAAAACAAAAAAAACGCAUUGCGUGGCCGUCCAAGCCACACAAUGAGUUUUUUUUUAUGUAAAACGAAAAAUCUGCAAAUUUGCAUAAACAAAAAAACUGUGCAAACACUUUUGUCUAAUUCAAACCAAAAAAAUACAUUUCAAAAUUUUUAAUAUAAUUCACUAGGUGCUGUUAG